AGCUCAACUUCGAUUUGUAGAAUAAUCGAGCGUUAGAUAUAAUUUUUAUCACUUCAUUCCGACCAAGUUUUGAUGGAAAAAAUGGUGUAACAUAUUCUGUCUGCAGUCUUGUGCUUUUUACUCAUUUUUAAUUACGUUUUCGAAUCAAUCAACAUGUCAUCUAACGUAAUAUUGCCGCCGCCAUUCUACGACGAUUUGGGUAAAAGCGCAAAAGAUUUGUUCAGCAAAGGAUACAAUUAUGAUACAGUGAAAUUGAACGUGACAACCAAAGUUCCCACCGGCGCCAAAUUUGAAUUCGGCGGAACUUCUUACAUCGAUUCCGGCAAAGUUCUUGGAACUUUUCAGGCUACACAUAGGACACCAAAAUACGGUAUCAAUAAUACCUCAAGAUGGGAGACAAAUAAUAUGAUGAGAAAUGAAACAUCGUGCGAUUUACUCAAAGGUGCUAAAUUCUCCAUCGAAAAUACUUACUCCCUUAUUCAGACUUCUUACGAUAAAACUUGGAAAUUAAGAGCACAAUACGGAAACAAUUAUCUAGCCCUCCGCACUGAUGCUGAUUUUAAAACCUCUACGGGCUAUACGCCUCUUAUUUCGAGUUCUGGAAUUUUGCAGUAUGGCGGUUACUUCCUUGGUCUUCAGUCAAAGUUCGAUACGAAGGAUUCCAAACUGAAGAGCCUCAACAUGGGUGUGGGAUACAAUUCUAAAGAAUUCGCUAUUCAUGGCAAAAUGAGCGAUCAAGAAUUAUACAACUGUCACAUUUAUCAUCAAGUGAAUCCUUUCCUCGAAACUGGUGUUGAAUUUUCAUGCUCGAAGGAAAACAACGAUCCUAAAUUUGGAAUCUGUUGUAAAUACACUUGGGAUCGUGACACUGCUGUUCGAGCUAAAGUGAAUAAUUCUAGUCAAAUUGGUCUCAGUUUCGCCCAUAAACUUAGGGAUGGUAUUACUAUCACGUUAUCGGCUUUGAUCAAUGGCAAAAAUUUCAAUCAAGGUGGACAUAAAAUAGGUUUAGGUAUUGAAUUCGAGCCAUAUUGCUCACACGCGUCGUCGUGUUUCGUUAAAUAACAUUCUAUGUAGGUAUACUUUGUAAAGGAAAGAGUUGCAAUUCUGUUCUGGUUUACAGGGAUUGUAAGCAGUGCAUUUUCACGACAUAUUUAUCUAUAGAUACGUAUUGUUUCCAAUCUUAUUUAAUAAGUACUUUUUGUAUUUUGUGUACUAUGUUUGCUUAACGUUCCAGUUACUUUAAUAAUAUAAGUUGUAUGAUUCA